AUGGUUAAAAUAGGUGGAGAAGGUAUUAGGGUGCAGUUUGACGAAACGGCUAUCUGUAAUGGGGAGUUAAUAUCUAACCCAUCUAGUACCCUAGACAACAAACCUAAUGUACAAUGGUUAGUAGGAGGUAUAGAAGGAACAAACUGUAGGAAUUUUGUUCUAAAGCUUGUUCCUAACAGAAAGGUUCCGACUAUGCUAGACAUGUUUGAAGAACAUGUUGUACCCGGAUCUAUCAUUGUUACCGAUGGUUACCCAGCUUACCCCAGGGCUGUUACUGAAUUUGGAUCUUGCCAUGAAGUGGUAAACCACUCUGUUGGGUUUGUUAAUGCUCAAGGAGCACAUACUAAUCAAAUUGAAAGCCUGUGUCACAUCUUAAGCAUGCCUAUCGAAAACGUGGAGGUAUUAAUAAAAGGAGAAUUAAUUUUUUUCAAAUAA